AUGACCAGCGUACCCAUGCGCAAGCUCCCCGCGCCAUCAGUCGCUCGAACCACUCUCAGCCGAACACUGCAAUCGCAGUCAUGGCGACCAUCACACAUUCCUCCCUCCCCACGAUCUAACCCACCAAGCCGCGCUCUGGCUCAGGUGCGUCCAGAGCCUCUCCAUGAGUUGUGGUUCACUUCGUCUGCGCCGCGCCAGUCGCCGAGCUCCUCCGUUCUCUCCGAAAACCACGGGCCCGACAGCACCAACUCAGACCACCCACCUCCGUCCGAGCGUACUCUCGCUCUAGGUCGCACGCUUCGUACCCUUUCGCCAUUGCUCCCUAACAUACUCACCGUACCGCUUCCACCUUCCAUCAUCUCCCCAAGCGUCACCCUCCACCUCUUCCCCUCGACACACCCCCACCUGCCCGUCGUAAAAGGGCGGGUUGCAUACCGUGCCGCCCUCUUCACCGCACCGGUCGCAUGGGGCACCGUGCCCUUGGUUGGCAAUGUCAAACUACGCAUCGUGAGCGAGAAGAUGGUACGCACAGGCUACGGCGCCGAUGCGACACGAGACUUGGACGGAGAUGCUGGGGAAGAGAAGCUCGUCGUGCGGUGGGUGACCGAAGCCAAAACGAACGGCCACACAUCCACCCCCGCGGCAUCAGCCUCGACUUCCGCGCACGACACCAACGCCUCCCUCUCAACUCUCCUCGGCGGCAGCCAGCGCCUCAGCACCAACAACGACAACCAGUUCAGCGGCCUCUUCAUCUUCACGUUCGACGCCAAGGGCCGCGUCGCAAGCCACACGAUCGAGCACGCGGACGAGGACAGCGGCUACGACCGGACGAGCAGGGUGGUGACGGUGGCCGACUGGCUUUUGGGGAAGGCGCGGGGAAAGCGCGCCGAGGAAGCCGAUCUGGUGCCCGGACUGGGCGUCGCGGCAGGCGGAGGUGGACUGGCGCAGCUAGUGAGGCUGGCAAGAGAGGAACGGGCGAAGGAUCGAUGGGUCGGCGGGAAGUUGUGGUAG